AUGGCCCGGCACAUGCGGCCACCCGUCUACAUGGAGGAGGGCGAUGUGGAGUUUUUCCGUGAGACAGCAGUGGAGAGGUGGUGGGCUCGACUUAGUGUGCUGCUGCAGAAGGGCAACGCACACAUGGUGCGGAGCAGGGCGUGGCGGGCAAGCAGGUGGAAUGGGCAGGAGAGGGCGGGUUUUCCUGAGGGGCUGUUGCUAGAGCGGGGGCCUUUCCACCCUCGUUGA